AUGCUAAUUGAGAAUGAAGAAGGCUGGUUUGACGCCAUUCUUCGGUCCGAUUAUGCAGUUGUUCAGCAUUCCCUUGCUAGGUACAAGGGAACUAAGACUCCCAGCGGUCUCACAGGCCUUAUGUACUCUGCAAUGCGCAAUGAUUAUCGUAUGGUGCAUAUUCUCAAGCAGCACGAGGCAGGCUGUUGUGACAACCGGGGCUAUACAGCACUAAUGCUUGCUGCUGAAGCUGAUAAUCCGGAAGUGUGUCUUUGCCUAUUGGAUUUGGAAGGCCACAUUCUCCUAAAGGACCUAUACACCGCAUACAAUGUGGCACAUUGGUCUCGUAGCUAUCGUGCUAUGAGAGCUAUGGCUCAGUAUUAUAGUAAGGAACUUCCUACGGAGAAUUCCACUGACAGUGAAGGUAGUGGUGAACUCCUCUUUCGGGUUGAAACCGUUGCGUGCGUUCAGGAGUAUAACGCUGAGCAGGUCAAGAAGAUGGUUAGCGAGCUGUCUGAGGCUUAUGUUCAAUUGGAUUCCCUUCAAUCUCUUGUUGUACGGCAGCGCGACGAUCUCAAAGCGCUUCUGAAUGCAAACACGGUUCUUCGUGAUGUAUUUGUUCGACAGAAUAACGAGAUGAAACAGCUGGAGUCAUUGAUACAUGGGAAGUUGCAAGAAUACCCAGCAGCAUCACUUAUUUGUUCACAAAAAGAAGAAUUGGAACGUCUCAGAUUACAAGUAGCAUCUCUAACAAUAGGCGCCCACAUUUUAGACCAUAAAAUAAUUACCUCAUCGGGAGAACAAGUAGUUAAGUCUGCAUCUUUACAGACUAAUCAAACUCCUGAAUUGGCCUCUUUAAUGAAGGAAAACACUCGAUUACGGCUGUCUCUAUCAGAAAUGCAAUCGCAAAUUGGCCAUAUUUUGCUUAAAAACGACCCCCUUCUGAUAACUAGCGACGAAGCAGCCAAGGUUACGUUGGAAGCCGAAAUAGCUCUGCUAAAUCAAGAGCUAGAGCUCAGAAAUGGAACUAUUGCUAUACUAACUAAGACUAUUACUGACUUGAAGGCAGAAAUUCAGAUUGAACGCAAGUCUGCGUCCACUUCUAUGACUAUAGCUUCUGAUAACAUUGGCCUGAAUACAGAGCAGGCUCCUAAGGAGCUUAUUUUGACGGAUGAGAAUGGAAAUAUUCAACAGGUACUCACACAAGAAGACGAUGCAAUCAGUUUGUUGUUUGGCCAAUUAGAAGAAAAGGAAAAAGCAAUCACUGAUCUCACGGCCCGGUUGUCUGAGCACGAGUCUCUCUCACAGCACCAGGCUGAACAGCUUAAUACACUGACGCAAGAACACACUGGUUUAAUCCAAUCUCUUAAAGCUUUAGUGCAAUCUGCAAAUAUUUACGAUUCCAAUCUACCAGAUGCAAUGUCUUCUGUUUUACAAUCUCUUAUUCUUUUAUUAAAGGAAGAACCUCUAUCAUUUUCUCCAAUUGAACCCUCACGACAACUCACUAGGACUGCAAGCCCGUAUGAGCACACAGGCAUACCCUCGGUUGUCCACAAUUCCGCCGUGUUAACUGCAGUCUCUGAGUCACCCAAGAUUACUAUUGCUGCUCCAACUGAUCUGAGCAGUAUUUUGGAGGAUUCUCAAAGUACCAACUCUUUACUUAGCCCUAAUGGUGGACUAUCGGGAGCAUCUAUGAACACCCUGAAAAGCAUGCAGGAAAACGAUUGUCUUGGCUUGGACUUAAAUGCUCCAAAUUUGUUUUCCAGUCCAUCGAUUGUUAUAGAUAAGAACAGUAGUAUUUAUAGAUUUUUAGAAAAAAGCGCAGUUAAUGAAGUAUUUCCCGUUGAUGAGACAAUCACCCAACUAAGAGAUAAAGUGGCAGAACAGGAAAAGCUUAUUGAUGAUCAGCGUUUGAAGAUUCGUGACUUGGAGGAGCUUAGUCAGGUAACAAAUGCCUCAGGAACGUCCAGAAUGAUAGCCAGCCUUUCUCUUCAGCUUGAGGAGGUUAAGCUAUCAAAGUUAUCUGUAGAAGAUGAGCUCAGAAAGAGCAAGGAGCAAAUCACAGAGUUAGAGAAACGUCGGGAGGAAGAGCUACAACGUACCCCAGAUUGUGCAGUGUCUGAUAAACUUGCUGAUGUUUCUGAUAAUACUGAUGUCAAAUCCGUGAUGUUAGAACUACAGCAAGUGAGAGAUGAGAAUGAUGAGCUAUCCAAACUGGUUCACAUUUUAGAUGCAAAAUUAGCAGAAUACGAGACUGUUGCAUCUGCCCACUCGACAGAUGACCUAGUCGAUUUAAAAAAACAGUUAGAAGAAAAGAUGCUAGAAGUAGAGAACCUACAGGAGAUGAUACCUUUACUUAAAGCCAAGGAUGUUCAAAUUAUUCAACUUACUGAACAAAUUGCUCUGAAUACCCAAGCAGAACACGAUCUGCUGUUAGCAAAUGAUACGAUUGUGCAGCUAUCAGAGAAGCUAAGACAAAUCUCGGAUCAAUCAUGUCAACUGGUUGAUCGGUCUAUCAUGGCUCAAAGCCUAAUAUUGUCUAGAAGUAUCUCUAGGUCUAGUGGAUCAGAUAAUGCAUAUGGACAGACGACACACAUUAUUCGAGACUAUUUAGAUUUAGAAGAAUCAGCCAACGUGCUAACUCUUACACAGACAGACAAACGUCCUGCGAUAUCAGAUUCAGAUACCAUACAACUUUCAUCUGUACUUGUACAUCUAGAUACAUCCGGAUCGGCCAAUCCUGAGCCUCAUGUUUCCAGUUUACAACUAGAAACCCAAAUAGCCUCUGCUCCAAAAGGCCUAUAUAGUUUAUCUCAAGAACAUGAUGUCAAAGGACAUGUGCCCACAUCUGAUACCUCUGCACGACUACGUUACCUUGAGGAAUUAUGUGACUCCCUCAAUACUCAAAAUGAUGACCUUCAGAAUAAGUUAUCCAUUGCAAAUGAGCAAAUAGCAGGUCAGCUAUUAGCGUCAGCGAACAAAACGACUGAAGAAACGCUUCAACAGCAUAUCCAUAAGCUUAACCUUGAAGUGCAAGAAAAGGAUCUUCGAAUCCAGCAAUUGCAAAGUGAAGUUCAACGUGCAAGAGAUGCAUCUGAUUCUAUAAUUAAAAAUAGACAGGAAUUACAGAUACGAAAUGAUGAGUUACAAGAUGAGCUCUUAGAUGUUAAUGCACAAUUAGUUGAGUUGCGGCGCACCAUUUUGCAACGCCAAAAUGCUAUUUCAACAGAGACUCAAACCGUGGAUAAUUUAGAAAACCACGAUGUGAUACAAUUCAGCGACAAGAUUGUUCAAACAGCAAUAUAUCAGUCUACAUCAACAAAAUUGCAUUCCAAUGCAGACGUUGACAACCAGCCAGCACGCGAUGUUAUAAUGCAACAAGCAGAGAAUUUGAAUGAGAUUAAUGAAUAUGAUGCUGACCCGAGUAUUGUUAACAUUAUAGUUCCCCGGAGCACUUCUCAAACAACCACGGUAAAGAAGAGCGAUCUGAACGUAUCUUUACAUGACUGUUAUUCGGAGCUUUCUCCUGCUGAUUCUAUUAUAACACUCUCGGGGAUACAAUAUGCGGAGCUGCUACAGAGUAUUUGUGGUGGAAACGAGGAAGAUUCAGCAUUAGAUCUUUGUAAUAUAAGCACAGAUGCAAGAAACUCUGCAUUUAACCAUUUAUCUCUCAGUCGCACACUUUCCAACUCAAUACAAAAAUACACAGAAGUAGAUAAAGUAGCCGUUCCUAACUCACUUGUUCAAACUGUCCAACAUCUGAGUAUUCAGAUGGCAUCUAUACAAUCUAAGUUGCACCAGACAGAACUUCUCAAUCGCUCUUUACGUCAUGAAUUACUAGAAACUGAAGCGACACGUGAUAUCAUAGAUAACGCUGAGAAUGAGCUAUCUAUUCAUCAGAACGAAAUACGGUAUCUUCGUGAAGAGCUAGCUUCAAAGGAAAAUCAAAUAAGCACCGUUACAGCAUUGCUAAGGAAGGCAGAAAAUCAGCUUCAAGAGCGCAUAGCUUUGACUGAACAUGAUAACAUUAUAAGUGACAAGAGGAAUGCAGAGUUACUGGACCUCAAACAACAGAAAGAUGAACUAAAGGGUAAGAAUUACGAGAUUUCUAUAGAAUUAGAAUCUGCCAAGAGGCAGCUGGAGUUAGAAACUAGCCGAGGGCUUCAACUUGAGAGGGAACUGUCCAAUAUCACAUCAGAGCUUCAGGUAGCUCGUAGAGAGCAAUUAGAGUUACGCACAUCUGCUUCUCAACUUGCUAACGAAAACCUAGCAUUAACAGCACUUAUAGCGCAGACACAGACAGACACUGCUACCGAGCCUGAUAUUAAUUUAUCUAGUACAGUUGAGCUAUUAGAGUCAGAGAAGCAGGAAUUACAAGAUAAACUGAAUAGAACAGUGCAUUCAUUUAUCAAUCUCAAAUCUCAUAUGGAUGAAACGACGACAGCUCUAAAUAGGCAGGUCCAUGAUAUCGAACAGCAACUUAUUUCCACUAGAAACCAUUUAAGUGAGUAUAAGGAGUCAUAUGAGCAGCUAAGCAAGGAGCAUGAUGGAGCAUUACAAAGACUUGAUGCUCUUUCUCAAACUAAUAAGAAGCUAAGAAUGCUCAUGGCAGAUAGGAAACUAGAUGGAUAUCUAGAGUCUUCAUCUGGCAUUGCUUCCUCCAUUAAUACAGCAACGAAUCAUAAGAUCGAGACCGAAGAUUCUUAUGGCGAUGCUCUACUUAAAGAACACCAUGAUGAUACUCCUCUGAUGAGAGCUGUACUUUCGAAUGCACCAAUUGGAGUUUUGAGGCGACAGUUGCGCCAUGUAGGAUGUGUCAGGCCAGAUGGUACAACAGCCUUAAUGCUCGCAUCACAAAUGGGAAACAAAAAUGCCGUAAGUGUGCUCAGAGAAUACGAAUCUGGCGUGGAGAGGGCUGACGGGGCUACUGCACUUGAUUUGGCUAUAAAGGCAGAAAGAACUGAAAUUAUUCGCUUGUUACUUCCCUUCGAAAAAGCACGGUAG